UCGGACCCUGGAGUUCAGGGAUAUUCCAGCUCCAGGGAAACCCCAGUGCUUCUCUCUUCGGACUGAACAGGGAACAGUGCUCAUUGGCUCAGAACAUGGCCUGAUCGAAGUAGAUCCCGUCACAAGAGAAGUAAGUUAUUGGUGGAGAAUGCUAGGACUUGGCAUGGUCAUUGUUAAAUAUGGUAAGGGUUGUGAUAUUUCUCAAAUUGAAGUUUGGAUUUUAAUUUAGAAAAAGGCAUUUUUGAAACCUUUUAUAUUGUAAAAGAAGCAUUAUAAAGUUAUUUCUGGAAAUGUUAUGAAUUGUUCUGGAAAGUAGACUAGGUUAAUUUGGUUUUGUGUUUUGAUGGAAGGUGAAGAAUGAAAUUCCUCUGGCGGCGGAAGGCUUUCUCCCAGAGGACGGAAGUGGCUGCAUCGUUGGUAUUCAGGACUUGCUGGAUCAGGAGUCCGUGUGUGUGGCCACGGCUUCUGGGGACGUUGUGCUCUGCAAUCUCAGCACACACCAGCUGGAAUGUGUUGGGAGUGUAGCCAGUGGUAUCUCUGUCAUGAGUUGGAGUCCUGACCAAGAGCUGGUGCUUCUCGCCACAGCUCUGUAGGUUACAGUACUGUGGAUACUUACAAAGUGGCAGAUUUGUUAUAUGAAAACGAAAUCAUUCUUGUUUAUGCUCCUCCAAGGUCAACAGACUCUGAUUUUAAUGACAAAAGACUUUGAACCAAUCCUGGAGCAGCAAAUCCACCAGGACGACUUUGGCGAAAGCAAAUUUAUCACUGUUGGAUGGGGCAAAAAGGAGACACAGUUCCAUGGAUCGGAAGGCAGGCAAGCAGCUUUUCAGAUGCAGAUGCAUGAGUCUGCUUUGUCCUGGGAUGACCAUAGACCACAGAUUACCUGGCGUGGUGAUGGACAGUUUUUUGCUGUGAGUGUUGUUUGCCCAGAGACAGGGUCUCGGAAGGUCAGAGUGUGGAACCGAGAGCUGGCUUUGCAGUCAACCAGUGAGCCUGUGGCAGGACUGGGACCCGCCCUGGCAUGGAGGCCCUCUGGCAGUUUGAUUGCAUCUACACAAGGCAAACCCAACCAGCAGGAUGUUGUGUUUUUUGAGAAAAAUGGACUCCUUCAUGGACACUUUAUACUUCCUUUCCUCAAAGAUGAGGUUAAGGUAAAUGGCCUGCUCUGGAAUGCCGAUUCCUCUGUGCUUGCAGUUUGGCUGGAAGACCUUCAGACAGAAGAAAAUUCCACUCUGAAAACCUAUGUUCAGCUCUGGACUGUUGGAAACUAUCACUGGUAUCUCAAGCAAAAUCUUCACUUUAGCAGCUGUGGAAAAAGCAAGCCUGUGUCUCUGAUGUGGGACCCGGUGACCCCGUACCAGCUGCAUGUUCUCUGUCAAGGCUGGCAUUACCUCUGCUAUGAGUGGCACUGGACAACCGACCGGAGCUCAGGAGACAAUGCGAGUGACUUGGCAAAUGUGGCUGUCAUCGAUGGAUACAGGGUAUUGGUGACAGUCUUCCGGCAGACCGUGGUUCCACCUCCCCUGUGCACCUACCAACUGCUGCUCCCACAGCCUGUGAAUCAAGUCGUGUUCUCUACACACCCUCAAAAGAGUAACGACCUCGCUGUCCUGGAUGCCAUUAACCAGAUUUCUGUUUAUAAAUGUGGUGACAGUCCAUGUGCAGACCCUACGGUGAAACUGGGAGCUGUGGGUGGAAAUGGAUUUAAGGUUUCCCUUAGCAUACCUCACCUGGAAAAGAGAUACAAAAUUCAGUUUGAGAAUAAUGAAGAUCAAGAAGUAAACCCACUGAAGCUUGGCCUUCUUACCUGGAUUCAAGAAGAUAUUUUCCUGGCCAUAAGCCACAGUCCGUCCAGCCGGCAGUCUUUCAUUCAUCGUAUGACUAUGGCCCUUUCUGAGACGGAUGAGGAGCAAGGACAGCUCAAUGUCAGCUCAUCUGUAGUGGUGGACGGGAUCAUAAUCAGUCUAUGUUGCAAUUCCAAGACCAAGUCAAUAGCAUUGCAGCUGGCUGAUGGCCAGAUAUUUAAGUACCUUUGGGAGUCACCUUCUCUGGCUGUGGAACCAUGGAAGAACCCUGGGGGAGUUGCUGUCCGGUUUCCUCACCCGUGCAUGCAGACUGAAUUGGCCAUCAUUGCAGGAGAGGAAUGUGUCCUUGGUCUAACUGAUAGGUGUCGCUUUUUCAUCAAUGACACUGAGGUUGCAUCAAAUAUCACAUCAUUUGCAGUGUAUGAUGAAUUUUUAUUGUUGACUACUCAUUCCCACACCUGCCAAUGUUUUUGCCUGAGAGAUGCCUCAUUUAAGACGUUACAGGCAGGUCUGAGCAGCAGUAAUGUGUCUAACGAAGAGACGCUGCGGAAGGUGGAGAGGGGUUCACGCGUUGUCACUGUUGUGCCUCAGGACACAAAGCUCAUAUUACAGAUGCCAAGAGGAAAUUUGGAAGUUGUUCACCAUCGAGCCUUGGUUUUAGCCCAGAUUCGGAAGUGGUUGGACAAACUUAUGUUUAAAGAAGCAUUUGAAUGCAUGAGAAAAUUAAGAAUAAAUCUGAAUCUGCUUCAUGAUCAUAACCCUAAGGUGUUUCUUGAGAAUGUGGAAACCUUCAUAAAACAGAUAGACUCUGUAAAUCAUAUUAAUUUGUUUUUCACAGAAUUGAAGGAAGAAGAUGUUACAAAGACCAUGUACCCUCCACCUGUUUCUGGCAAUGUCCAGCUGCCCAGAGAUCUUCAUGGGAAAAGUGUAGACCUUAUCUGUGACACUCUGAGAGCAGCCAUGGAGAACAUAAAUCCUCACAAGUACUGCCUGUCAAUACUCACCUCUCAUGUGAAGAAAACAACCCCAGAACUGGAAGUUGUACUGCAGAAGGUACACGAGCUACAAGGAAAUGCUCCAUCUGUUCCUGAUGCUGUGAGUGCAGAAGAGGCCCUGAAAUAUUUGCUGCUUCUGGUAGAUGUUAAUGAAUUAUAUGAUCAUUCUCUUGGGACCUAUGACUUUGAUUUGGUCCUCAUGGUAGCUGAGAAGUCACAGAAGGAUCCCAAAGAAUAUCUUCCAUUUCUUAAUACACUUAAGAAAAUGGAAACUAAUUAUCAGCGGUUCACUAUAGACAAACACUUGAAACGGUAUGAAAAAGCCAUUGGCCACCUCAGCAAAUGUGGACCGGAGUACUUCCCAGAAUGCUUAAACUUAAUAAAAGAUAAAAACUUGUAUAACGAAGCUCUGAAGCUAUACCCGCCAGACUCGCAGCAGUACAAGGAUAUCAGUGUUGCCUAUGGGGAGCACCUGAUGCAGGAGCAUCUCCAUGAACCAGCAGGGCUUGUGUUUGCCCGCUGUGGCGCUCACGAGAAAGCUCUAGAGGCUUUUCUGGCCUGUGGCAGCUGGCAGCAAGCCCUCUGCAUGGCAGCCCAGCUUAACUUUACCAAAGACCAGCUGGCUGGCCUUGGCAGGACUCUGGCAGGAAAGCUAGUUGAGCAGAGGAAGCACAGUGAUGCAGCCACAGUUUUGGAACAAUACGCCCAGGAUUAUGAAGAAGCUGUGCUCUUGCUGUUAGAUGGAACUGCCUGGGAAGAAGCUCUGAGAAUGGUAUACAAAUAUAACAGAUUAGACAUCAUAGAAACCAACAUAAAACCUUCCAUUUUAGAAGCCCAGAAGAAUUACAUGGCAUUUCUGGACUCUCAGACAGCCACAUUCAGUUGCCAUAAGAAGCGUUUAUUGGUGGUUCGAGAGCUCAAGGAGCAAGCACAGCAGGGGAAUCUGGAUGAUGAGGGGCCCCAUGCUCAAGAGUCAGACCUCUUCUCUGAAACUAGCAGUGUCAUGAGUGGCAGUGAUGUGAGUGGCAGGUACUCACACAGUAACUCCAGGAUAUCGGCGCGAUCAUCUAAGAAUCGCCGCAAAGCAGAGCGGAAGAAGCACAGCCUCAAAGAAGGGAGUCCACUGGAGGAUCUGGCCCUGUUGGAGGCAUUGAAUGAGGUGGUACAGAGCAUUGAAAAACUGAAAGAUGAGGUACACCAUAUUUUAAAGAUGCUGUUUCUUUUUGCGUUUGACGAGCAAGCAAAGGAAUUACAAAAGGCCUUUGAAGAUACUCUGCAGCUGAUAGAAAGGUCACUUCCAGAAAUUUGGACUCUGACCCACCAGCAGAAUUCAGCCACACCUAUUCUAGGUCCCAGUUCAACAGCAAACAGUAUCAUGGCGUCCUAUCAACAACAGAAGACUUCAGCCCCUGUUCUUGAUGCUGAGCUUUUUAUACCACCAAAGAUAAACAAAAGAACCCAGUGGAAACUGACCCUUCUAGAGUGACUGUGGCCCAGUGCAGAGGGCUCUGGCAGAGAAGACUUUUCUACUCACUGCUAGUUUUCCUUCUAUCCCUUGCUCCUUGACGCCUGGCGAUCCGACACUGGGAAGAGUAAGACAUGAGUUACCAAAGCAUUGCCAGAGAGCUGAUCUGUGAACCAGACCUCAGCAGACACCAAGCAUUUUUUUUUAAUUUUGUGUAUAUGUUUUAAUCAUUAACAAAGUUUUAAGCUUCAGGCAAUGUAAUGCCAUUUUGUAAGAAUUACUGUUCUUUUAUAGUGCUGCUUGAGAGACUAUUUCUGGUAUUUAUAGUAAUCAGGAGAUUGAGUUUCAUUCCCAGUUACAGGUCUGAUUCAUAUUGUGACCUGAACAAGUCACAUAAUUGAUUUGUGCCUCAGUUCCUCCUCCGUUAAUUGGGAAUAAUGUUUCAUGGCUUCCAUCUCAACGGUGUGAAGACAAGUAAAAUAAUGUUUCUAAAUUGUUUUGUGUUCCUGAUGAAGAGCAUUACAUAUAAACAACAUGACUAUCAGUGCUAACAUUUGGUCAAAUUUAAAUCACUGAAAUGGCUUCUUCACCUUCCACUAAAGCAGAAUAAAAAGUUAAGUGUAUCCUUUGAAAUUCUAAGCCUUCCUAUGCUGGCAGCUGAUACUUUGUAAUAUCUUACCAGGUCAUAUGCUUCCAGUUAGAGCUGGGCUGAGCCUCCUACAGUUGCAAAGUCCAUAGGGACUAUUUUACUGCUUGUGUAUUUUCUGCUAGAGAGUUACCAGUGUUAGAGCUGGAACAGAUAAGAAUUUAUGAAACAGCAUCACACACAUUAGGUGUUGUCUUAGGCUGGGUUCUCUACGGAAGUGAAACUAGUGAAGCGGAUAUAUAUAUAUGUAUAUAUAUAGAGAGAGAGAUUUAUAUCAAGGAAAUGACUCACAUAGUUGUACAGGCUGGGAAGUCACAAGUCUGUGGGAACUUUCAGGCAUCAGGCUGGAGGCUUCUCCUGACUCACAUAGCUGCAGGCACUGAUGAACGCAAGAUCGGCAGGUCAGAUGGCAGGCUGAUGGCUCACGGGCUGCCGAGAUUGAUGAAUUCCAGAUCGGAAGGUAAGAUGGCAGGCUGUUGGUUCAAGUCCCAAGAAAUGGAGUUCAGAUGAUGACAAGCUGAAUGCAGGAUCCAGAGCAGAGCAAACGCCAACGAGCUUUGCCAGAAAAGUCCAUA